CCGAGCUCGGCGCUCCGCCCCGCGGCGCCGCUGACCCGGAUGCGCUCGGCUUUCCCGGCCCGCCUCUGCCCGCGCGAGAGCCGAGAAGGAGGCCGAGGCGAAGGAGGCGGCGGCGGCGGCGGCCCGCCAUGGCCGAGUCCCCGGAGGAGGUGGCGGUGCUGGUGCAGCGCGUGCUGAAGGACCUGCGCAACGCCUUCCAGCGCAACCCGCACAUAGAUGAAAUUGGAUUAAUUCCCUGUCCUGAAGCCAGAUAUAACCGGAGCCCUAUAGUUCUGGUGGAAAACAAACUUGGGGUGGAAAGCUGGUGUGUCAAGUUUCUUUUGCCCUACGUCCAUAACAAACUCCUUCACUACAGACAAAGAAAGCAAUGGCUCAACAAAGAAGAGCUGAUAGAUAUCACCUGUACGUUGCUGCUAUUGAACCCAGAUUUCACUACUGCAUGGAAUGUCAGGAAAGAAUUAAUAGUAUCUGGCACUUUAAAUCCAGUUAAAGAUUUACAUCUUGGGAAACUGGCACUAACUAAGUUUCCAAAGAGUCCAGAAACGUGGAUUCACAGACGCUGGGUGCUGCAACAACUAAUUCAGGAAAACUCCUUGCCCACUCUCGUGAAUAAAGGGAAUUUGGAAACAGCUCCCACGGAAAGGAUUCAGCGGCUAGUGAAAGAAGAAAUGGAUGUUUGCUGUGAAGCUGCUGGGAGAUAUCCAAGUAAUUAUAACGCCUGGUCCCAUCGCGCCUGGGUCUUGCAGCACUUGGCCAAGCUCAGUGGAAAGAUUCUUCUAGAUGAACUUUCUUCCACUAAGCACUGGGUCUCCAUGCAUGUUUCAGACCAUAGUGGAUUCCACUACCGCCAGUUUUUAUUAAAAUCUUUGAUUGACGGAACUGAGACUGAGUGUACUGUAGAAAUGCACAAUUCACCAGCCAAUCAGCAAGCACCCAGGCUUCUAAAAGAUGAAGAAAAUGAUGAAGCAGAAGCUACCUGUGUGGAAGAACAACCAGAUUUCCCACUUCUUCUAAAUGAAGAAGUAGAGCUCUGCACUGAUUUAAUUAACACUUACCCAGGGCAUGAAACCCUGUGGUGUCACAGACGGCGUGUGUUCUAUCUUCAGCACCACUUAAAAAACAAACUUCCACUUCCAAGUGUGUGGUCAGCAGCUGCAGACAAGAGUGAUGGCCUGCUGAACAACUCACACCCUGGUGCUGCAUUUGGUCAUGUGAGCCAAGCCAUGGAUGUGGAUGGCCUGCUGGAAUCCAGCAGACAAGGCUACACUCAAGAAACCAAACGCCUGAAACGUGCUCCUGUGCAGGACUCUAUCAGUCUCGAAGCAGAAUACAGGUUCAUCGAUCAAGUUUUAUCAACAUGUAGGGAUGUAGAGCAGGCAAGGUUUGCUGGGGCAUACAGAAAAUGGCUGGUUUCCUUUCUAGGUCAGUGAAGAAGGAGAUUUUAAAAUAAUAAUAAUAAUAAUAACAACAAAUAUGCAGGGUCCUUUGUUUAGUGCAAUAUUCUCUUUUCAAACAUUGGUGCUUGUAGUGGCGCCUGGAACUUUUCAUCCUUUGUUUUUGUUGUCUGUGCUAAACAUCCUUUCCAGAUGAUGGCUUUUACUUAUAUAUAUUUUUAAACACCCUUGUGUUGGUCAAUAAAAGUUUUUUUCUGAGUUUAUGUUACAUGUAGGGUGACUCCAUAUCACAAACUCAUUAAUUAUAGUAUUUUAAAAAUCAGCUUUAAUUAAGAUGAAUAAAAGUUAGGUAGCCAAUACCACUGGAAAAUUUAUUCACUUUUCAAUCUCUCUUGCAUAACAAAUGCACCUGAUCAAAAACAUUACCUACAAUGGAAAAUAAUCCACAAUAUCAGCACAGACAGUGUUUGGGCCUGUUUGUUUUAAGUACAGAUGUUUUAAGUGGUUUGUGUGUAAACCAUAGUUAAAAAUUAAUUAUGGUUUAUUGCAAAUGAGCAAUGUAUUGGUCUGCUUCAUUUGUCUCCCACUCCUGACUUCACUGUGAUGGAGAAACAGACCAGAGACCAGCUUCAUGGUUCCUGCACACCAAGGCUUGCAGUUUGUUUCUCUCCAAAGCAACCAGCUUACUGCUUGUGGUUUGUUUCAGGGAGUGAACAAAGCUGGGCCUUCCUAGCAGAUGCACCGGCACCUGAUACUUCUCAUUAAACCAUCAUUAGUUUGUGAACUGGCCAUGGAAUCCUUGCAUUGCUUUCAGUGCUCUGCUGUGCUUCUGUAAAUGUUCCAGACGCAGUUGGUUUCUUUCUGAAUUACUCUGACCUUACUUACAUAUUCAUUGCAGUGCCAGUUCUAGAGGAAUAUGGUUAAUAUGUUGCAGGAAAGUUGUGAAAAUUAGCGAGAGAAAAUUGUUUCAGUCUUACACACACUUAGCUGUGUGGUUAUUAAAGUCCUUCAUUGUAUGUUA